AUGAAGAGAUCAAUCUCGUUUGCGGGAGAUCAGGUCAACGGAGGUGAUGAUGUUGAUGGUGGCAAGAUGAAGAAGAAGAUCCGCGAAGAUCUGGUGCCAGAUACAGAGAAGGGAACUGAGGAGACGGUGGAGUCGCCACCGGAGACGCCGGAUACGGCGGCGGGUGUUUUGCUGGACGAGAAUUUGCUAUAUGAAGUUCUGAAGCAUGUGGACGCGCGGACGUUAGGUGCGGCGGGAUGCGUGAACAAGCAGUGGCAUCGUACAGCUCAAGAUGAGCGGUUAUGGGAGCUGAUCUUUACAAAGCACUGGGCGAAUAUCGGAUGCGGUAACAACCAGCUUCGUUCGGUGGUUCUUGCCCUCGGUGGCUUCCGGCGACUCCACUCUCAUUACUUAUGGCCUUUAUCCAAGCCUUCCACCUCUGCCGCUACCUCAUCGUCGUCUUCCACCGUCGCUGCCGCCGCAUCCUCUUCGGCUUGGCCGUGUCUACCACCGCCGCGUACAAUUGUUCCGUCGAAGCCUACCACCACCGCUGCGAAAACCCGUUGGGGGAAAGACGAGGUUCAGCUUUCUCUUUCUCUUCUCUCGAUUCGUUACUAUGAGAAGAUGAAUUUCAAUAACCGAAAAUGA